AUGGCGGACAGGGAGUCAUACACCGAGGAGACAAGGCUCGUCCCCGCCCCCCCUACUGAGGCCAAGCCCCCGGGCCUUAACCCCCGCUACCCUCGUGGGGCUAGGCUGCCCUGGUUGGCUGCCCCAGCUGGUGGCAGCAACAAGAGGGUCGUCCUCCGCCCCCCUACUGAGGCCAAGCCCCCGGGCCUUAACCCCCGCUACCCUCGUGGGUCUAGGCUGCCCCGGUUGGCUGUGGCUGAGGAGGCUGACAGCCAGGAAGCCUGGUUCCAGGCGGCCCACUCCGACACCGUGUCCCCCCGUGCACGGGCUCUGGGUGCCGCCUCGAGCCAGGAGACUUCCCCGGGCCGAACCCCCCCAGCCGCUGGCGCCAGCGACAGGAUCGUCCUCCGCCCCCCUACUGAGGCCAAGCCCCCGGGCCUUAACCCCCGCUACCCUCGUGGGUCUAGGCUGCCCCGGUUGGCUGCCCCAGCCGCUGGCGCAGACGACAGGAUCGUCCUCCGCCCCCCUACUGAGGCCAAGCCCCCGGGCCUUAACCCCCGCUACCCUUGUGGGUCUAGGCUGCCCCGGUUGGCUGCCCCAGCUGGUGGCAUCAACGAGAGGGUCGUCCUCCGCCCCCCUACUGAGGCCAAGCCCCCGGGCCUUAACCCCUGCUACCCUCGUGGGUCUAGGCUGCCCCGGUUGGCUGUGGCUGAGGAGGCUGACGGCCAGGAAGCCUGGAUCCAGGUGGUCCACUCCGACACCGUGUCCCUCUGUGCACGGGCUCUGGGUGCCGCCUCGAGCCAGGAGACUUCCCCGGGCCAAACCCCCCCAGUGGAUCUGCGGGACGCCCCGCUGAGCUCCGCCCCCUCGUCCCGAAACGCCGCUGCCUCCGCCCGCCGCCGGGCGCACGGUGGCGCCGAGGCGGACCUCUCUGGGACGGAGCGCUCCCAGUCCGCCAACGGCCAGAGGUCCCAGGCCCCAGGCAGGAUCGUCCUCCGCCCCCCUACUGAGGCCAAGCCCCCGGGCCUUAACCCCCGCUACCCUCGUGGGGCUAGGGUGCCCCGGUUGGCUUUGGCUGAGGAGGCUGACGGCCAGGAAGCCUGGAUCACGGCGGCCCACUCCGACACCGUGUCCCCCCGUGCACGGGCUCUGGGUGCCGCCUCGAGCCAGGAGACUUCCCCGGGCCGAACCCCCCCAGAAGUGGCUGACCCUGACCACCCUCGUGGGGCUAGGCUGCCCCGGUUGGUUGCCCCAGCCGCUGGCGCCAACGACAGGAUCGUCCUCCGCCCUACUGAGGCCAAGCCCCCACAUAGACCCCCAGUGUCCUUCACAGUGGAUCUGCGGGACGCCCCGCUGAGCUCCGCCCCCUCGUCCCGGAACGCCGCUGCCUCCGCCCGCCGCCGGGCACUCGGAGGCGCCGAGGCGGACCUCUCUGGGACGGAGCGCUCCCAGUUCGCCAACGGCCAGAGGUCCCAGGCCCCAGGCAGCCCGCCGGCCUCUGACGUUCCUGAAGGCGUGGCGGGCAGAGGUAAGUACGCGUUGAGCCCGUUUCCCCCUGUGCAGGAGCGUCUGAGGAACGGCAGGAUCCCCCGGGAGAAGCUCCGGGGCCCGCCCCCCCACCAGGCAGGGGAAGAGGCCGGGCCCUCUGGGAAGAGGCAGAAGAACGGGGGCCGCUGUUUCCCCGACCAGAGGCUGACCGCUGAGCCCGAGCUGGAGGAGAAGCUGUUGGAUAGCAGAGAUGAGCCGGCCCAGGGCUCCCUCAGCGGCCCCCAGCGAGACCCACCCGGGCCCCACCCCUUCCCCAAACCUGAGCUGGCCAUGACACAGAGCCUCACUCUCAUCAGCUCAGAGAACUGGCAGGAGAAGAUGGAAGGGCUCACGGUGCUGCGCAGUCUGGCCCAGAACCACGUGGACACGCUGCUCCCCAGGCUCCGCGACGUCUGCCUCGCCCUCGUUCAUGAGGUGAAGAACCUGCGUUCGGGCGUGUCCCGCGUAGCCGUGUGCACGCUGGGCGUCCUAUACCGCCACCUGGAGCGGGCCAUGGACAAGGAGGUGGACACCACAGCCAGGGCGCUGCUGCACAAGGCGGCCGAGAGCAACGCCUUCAUCCGGGAGGAAGUGGACGCAGCGCUGGGCCUCAUGGUGCGGCACUGCACGCCGGCACGCUGCAUCAACGCCUUCCUGGACGGGGGUUUGAGCCACCUGAGCGCGGCGGUGAGGAAGUGCGCCGCCCAGCACCUGGCCGACCUGCUGGAGAGGGUGGGCGUGGCCCGCCUGCUGUCCGGAGGGAAGGACGUGACGGACAGAAUCCUCCCGGCCGUGGUCAAGCUGGCCCUGGACUCCUCCCCGGAACCCAGGUCCUUUGGCCGCCGGAUGUUGCUGUUCCUGUCCUCCCACCGGGACUUUGAUAGCCUGCUGGAGAAGAACAUCCCCACCAAGGACCUUUCCGCCGCCCGCAAGGCGGUCAGCGGACUCAAGGCAAAGGGUCAGGGUCAGGGUCAGGGUCUGGGUGAGACGCCCCAGACCCCAGCCUCGCUUCCCGGCAGUGGCACCGCCAGGGCCUCGACGCUCCAAAGGAAGCUCCCCAAACAGACCAUAGCCCCCAGCCCCACCACCGCCACCGCCACUCCGACCAACACCACCACCACCACCCCCAGGGAGCCCAACAGCAAGUACAGCUCCAAACCUCAGGGGCCCAUCAUGGAAGACAAGUUUGAGUACAUCAGGCAGCUCACCGCUCUGCUGGAGUCCAAGGACUUCAGGGAGCGCAUCAAAGGCCUCGACCAGCUGGUGGCCGACUGCCAGCACAACCCCAGCAUGGUCAUCCGCAGCCUGUUCCCGGUGUUUGACCUCUUCAGAGACCGCCUGCUGGAGUCCAACCGUAAGGUGAACCUGUACGCCCUGGAGGCCCUGCAGGGGAUGGUGCGCCUGCUGAAGGACAACCUGUCCGGGGUGCUCAACCACCUGGUGCCCGCCAUCGUGGACAACCACCUCAACUCCAAGAACCGCGCUGUGUACUCGGCCGCCACAGGGGCCCUCUGCGAGCUGGUCCUGAACCUCGACAACAGCCUCCUCCUGGAGCCGUUCUGCUUCAAGGCACGGGUUCUUAGCGGCCAAGCAAAGGUGGACCUGAUCGAGAAGGUUGCAGAGCUGGUGACGGAGCUGUACCCCCGCCGGCCCCAGCUGGUGGAGCAGAAGGCGCUGCCCCUGCUGUGGGGCCUGCUGGGCCCGUCCAGCGGCAGCGUGCACCGGGCGACCACCAGCCUGUGCCGAGCCCUCCACCAUCAGAUGGGGCCCGGCCUGCGGCAGAGCGCCGCCUGCCAGCCCCCGAGCGUCGGCAGGGACCUCAACCAGCUGCUGAGAACCAUGUCCUGAAUAAAAAAUGACCUAAGGACGGGAACGAGAAGACUCACUGCUCCUACAGAGCUGGUGAUGGAGCUGUACCCCCGCCGGGCCCAGCUGGUGGAGCAGAAGGCGCUGCCCCUGCUGUGGGGCCUGCUGGGCCCGUCCAGCGGCAGUGUGCACCGGGCGACCACCAGCCUGUGCCGAG